AUUAUCCAUCAUGAGCAUUUGACCUGCCUGAUACUUCGUCGAGCCACCUCAGACCACGGAGUAGAGCAUGCAAUGAGCAAGCUUCAUACACGCAGUCCCGUCACUAAUUCCCUCGAGGACUCCGGUGUCGUUCGAGCAUGGCUCAAAUCAUGCACAGACCAUCAUGAGCUAUGCAGGAAGACGAUCUCUGGUAUCCUAGUAAGAGACGGAUUGCCGGGAAAUGCCUUACCCACAAGGAUCAUCGAAGUGGGUGACGAUCGAGGAACUCCGCCCAAGUUGGUUGCUACCGAGGGCCAGAUGGGCAUAUAUCUUGCGUUGAGUUACUGUUGGGGAACGACCCAACAAUCAUCUCAAGACGACGAGAUCGAACAUCUGCGAUUUUGAGGAUGCCAUACCUUUCCCUCUCUUGCCAGCAACUAUCAAUGAUGCUGUAAUCACGACUCGUCAGCUAGGUGUUCGCUUUCUUUGGGUUGAUACCCUCUGUAUCAUCCAGGAUGACGACCUGGAUUGGAAUAAUGAAUCCGCCAACAUGGGCA